AUGCCCGAGCCUACCCAGGCUCCUCAGCUGGCUCUCCUCGACUUCUUCUUCCCCGGCUUCUCUGUCUUCGCAGCCGCAGUGCAGAAAUACCUCAAGAUCGACCUUAACCUCUACAUCCCGCUGGUUCUUAUGGCCGGCGCGUUGAUGGCAGCCUGGAAUUAUAUCAGCCAAUUCUUGUGGGACUCGCUCGAGUCACAUUUCAUGUCCGUGGUCGACAUUCGUACCGACGAUGAGAUCUACAACAUUCUCAUGGCCUGGGUGUCCAACCAGCGCUUUGCCCAGAAGUCACGUCGUUUCGUGGUUAACACGAACCUCAACUCCCGUUCGUGGUUCCUCUUCCGCUGGGACGAGGAGGAGGAGGAGGAGGAAUACGAGCAUGGCGGUCAGACUUCCGACCUUAAGAAGAAGAAGAAGGCUCUCAACUAUACCCCUUCUUUCGGAAGCCACGUGUUCUUCUACAAGCGCAAUCUGCUCAUUUUCCGCAGGACGUCCAACCGGGAGACUGGUGGGUACAUGAUGGUCAGCGAGAAGGAGGAAAUCUCCAUCUCCUGCUUCGGCCGUAACCCUGCCAUCCUCAAGGAGCUUCUCCUUGAGGCCCGUGAGCAGUACAUGGAGCGCGACGAGAAGAAGACCCUCAUCUACCGUGGCACCACCCGUGCUGGCUCCACCGAGCCAACUUGGCAGCGAUGCAUGGCUCGUGCCAGUAGACCUUUCUCCACGGUCAUCCUCAAUGAGAAGACGAAGCAAGAUCUCAUUGACGAUGUCACGGAUUAUCUCAAUCCGGCCACCCAGAGAUGGUAUGCCAACCGGGGUAUUCCUUAUCGCCGAGGCUACCUACUCUGGGGCCCUCCCGGCACAGGCAAGAGUUCUUUGAGCCUUGCCCUGGCCGGGUUCUUCAAGAUGCGCAUUUACAUUGUCAGUUUGAGCUCGGUGUCCGCGACCGAGGAGAAUCUGGCUACGCUAUUUGCUGAGCUGCCUCGGCGUUGCGUUGUACUUCUUGAGGACAUAGACUCUGCUGGUCUCACGCACACGCGUGAACAACAGGGAGUCCCUCAGCCUGCCGAGGCCGAAAAGUCGGACAAGGACGACAUGGUCCCUGGACAGCUGACCACCGGCACGGGCCCUACCAACAACAGCACCGGCCGUCUCUCUCUCUCCGGCCUGCUCAACAUCCUCGAUGGUGUGGCCUCCCAGGAGGGCCGUGUCCUUAUCAUGACAACGAACCACCUCGAGAAGUUGGACAAGGCGUUGAUCCGCCCUGGCCGCGUAGACAUGACUGUCGAGUUCGGCCUCGCAGACAGGGGCAUGAUUGCUGCCAUCUUCCGCGCCAUCUUUGCGCCCUUGGAGGGCGACGACGGCCCGGCACCGCUCGACCACCUCGGCCUCGACGCGAGCGGCAAGCAGGCCUAUCUCGACAAGAAGCAGGUGGAGAAGCAGGAGAAGGAGCAGCUCGUGGACGAGCUCGCCGACAAGUUCUCGGAAAAGGUACCCGCGUUCGAGUUUAGCCCCGCCGAGCUCCAGGGUUUCCUGAUGCGGCACAAGAGGGACGCUCGCGCUGCCAUAGACAACGUCGAGGAGUUUAUCGAGCAGACGAGGAAGGACCGCAAGGAGAAGGAGCUCAAGGCUGCUGAAGAUAAGAGGAAAGCCGAGGAGGAGGCAGCGAAGAAGAAGAAGAAGGACGAGGAGGAGGAGGCACAGAAGAAAAAGGAACAGGAAGAGAAGGAGCAGAAGGAGAAGAGCGAAAAGGACAAGGCGGGGAAAGAACAGACCGCCGACAAGAAGGACGAAGCUAAGAAGGGGAACGAGGAGGACAAGACGUCCGCGUCAACGACAGACAAGACGGAAGACAAGAAGGAGGCGGAGGCCUCUGACUUGCUCAAGCCGGUGGUUUCGUCGGGCCACAAGAGGACAGACUCGGGAUAUGUGACUCCUGACAGCGAGUGA